UGGAAGAGGGCUGCCCUAUAAAUAUGAGCUGUUGUCAAUGGAGCAGGAAUUCCUUCACGCUCACUCACUCCCUCAGUCCACACCCUAGGCAGGUGCCCUGUCACAGAGAGAGCUGGAGAGUUUGAGCUGUGCCUGCCAGCCCUGGUAGCAACACCUGUACCACCGUCUGAGAGAGAGGCAGAGCCAGGACAGAGACAGAGAGAUAGAGGCAGCAAGAGAGAGACAGGCAGAGAGAGACACAGGCAGAGAGAGAGACAGGGACAGAGAGAGAGAGAAACAGAGAGAGAGACCAUCUGCCUCAGGACCCAGGCUAAGGAUUUCUCUGUUGUCAGGGAGACAGACACCUGCCCUGCCUGCUGCUUGAACCAUCUCCAGGACAAGGACCAGGAUCUCCAGCAGACACCAGGACCAGGCUGCAGAUCAACCCCACCUGACAGCAGCCGGACCUGGGUUCACCAGGGACCCUGCCUGUCCUGGAACCAGAGGAACAUCAUCCAGGUCAUCUCCUCACCCCUGCCAGGGAGUGACACCAGUGCCCAGGACCCAGCCAUGUCUCAGCCAGGGAGAGAACACCCAGGGAGCCCAGCCUACCCCCCACCCCGCCUGGGCGUGCCCGUGUCCGAGAGCCCCCUUCCAGCUGGAGGAGAGGCCUGGGAGGCUGAGGACACCAAGCCCUGCAUGGAGGCCCUGGACCGUGGCCUCCCCGCCCUCCCCGGCCUCUACCUCUCCUGCAUCGACAUGCUCCUCACCGAAGACUCCGCCUGGCUGGUGAAGGUCAGCGAGGCUGCCCCCACACUGGCUGUCCCCCUGAGCAGGGGGGAGGCCAGGGGGGAGGCCAGGGGGGAGCCGGAGCAGUGCCCAGUCAUUGACAGCCAGGGCCUGGGGUUGUCCCCCGGGAUGGAGGCCCUGCAGGGGCCAGAGGAGGAGCGCUCCCUGGAGCAGGUGCAGAGUCUGGUGGUCGGGGAGGUGCUGAAGGAUGUGGAGACGGCAUGCAAACUGCUCAAUAUUACCCCAGGUAAAUACCUCAAACUGCUCAAUAUUACCCCAGACCCCGCAGAGUGGAACAGUGGGAACGUGCAGAAGUGGCUCCUGUGGACAGAGCACCUGUACAGACUCCCUCAGGCUGGCAGGGCCUUCCAGGAGCUCACGGGAAGGGACCUGUGUGCCAUGAGUGAGGAGGACUUCCGUCAGCGCUCGCCCCUGUGUGGGGACACCCUCCACGCCCACCUGGACAUCUGGAAAUCAGCUGCUUGGAUGAAGGAGCGGUGUUCAGUAGGAGAAGCCAAACUGACCAGCGGCGAAGACCUGUGGUCCGAGGCUGAUUCCUCCUGUACGGGACAGCCCAUCCACCUGUGGCAGUUCCUCCGAGAGCUGCUGCUCAAGCCCCACAACUAUGGACGCUGCAUCCGCUGGGUCAACAAGGAGAAAGGCAUCUUCAAGAUCGAGGACUCUGCCCACGUGGCCCGGCUGUGGGGCCUGAGGAAGAAUCGUCCGGCCAUGAACUAUGACAAGCUGAGCCGCUCCAUACGACAGUACUACAAGAAGGGCAUCAUCCGCAAGCCAGAUGUCUCCCAGAGGCUCGUUUACCAGUUCGUCCACCCGGUGUAGAGGAGGAGAUCCCUUCAUACCUGGAGGAGGAGAAGGAGGAGGAGAGAGAGAUCCCUUCAUACCUGGAGGAGUAGGAGGAGGAGGAGGAGGAGAGAGAGAUCCCUUCAUACCUGGUGUGGAGGAAGAAAGGGAAAGAUAGAGAUGCCUGUGUUGGAGAUGAGAGGUAGCUGAACGCCCAUGCUGCAGUGAGAAGGACGAGGUUGGAAGGGAAAAGAGACCAGACUGAACCAAGUGCACUGACCAUCCCCCGUGCAAACAACCUCCCCUUACCGCCUGCAGCUAGCAGGGCUAGGAGGUAUCUCCCCUUACAGCCUGCAGAGAGCAGGGAUAGGAGGUAUCCCUCUGUCAGACAGCUGUCUCAGGAUCACCAACAGGUCGCCCCGCUCACGCUCAGCGAAGAAGGUGGAGGACGUUCAAAACAGAAUUGCGUUGAGGCGUUGACUUUUCAACAACAGGCGUUGACUUUUCAACAACAGGCGUUGACUUUUCAACAACAGGCGUUGACUUUUCAACAACAUACAAAUUCAAGAGAAACUGAACUGCCUUUUACUGUUAGCACGCUCUGCCUGUCCUUGUCUGUCAUGUCAUAUGUAAUGAUCUUAUCUUAUUUUCGUUUGUCAUAAAGCCAAAAGGUUAGUGUAUCUUAAUGAACAUAUGUUUUUGUGUGCAUUUUUAUGUGUGUGGAUGUUUUUCUUAGCCUAAACCAUUUAUCUUCAUUUUACAGUAUACAUUGUUUGCCAAAACAAUGUCAAAAGUGUGUGUUUGCGUGUGUGUGUGUUUGCGUGUGUGUGUGUCUGAGUGUUUGGAUCUUCAGGCUUCACCCUGGGUUUGGCUUUGGCUUUCUACCAGCGAGGCAAACAGUCAUUCAUCACACACUUCUGAUCUCCGCGCGGCAACAAUGCAGACCGAGAAGUUUAGCACUGAAAUAAAGACUAAAGCUACACCCUGGGCGCUACGUGAACGAAGAGAAAGUGUUUAAACAGACAGAGGAGAGGUCUAACCAUUAUCCCCUCAGAGGUCUAACCAUUAUCCCCUCAGAGGUCUAACCAUUAUCCCCUCAGAGGUCUAACCAUUAUCCCCUGGGUAUGUUUCCACAGUAACCCACAUAACAUACUUGUCAAUUAUCAAAAAACCUUAUCUAAAAAAUGUAAUGACACAUGAUGUUUUUUGUGCCACACGGUGCAUUGAGAGACUGCAAACCUACAAUGACCAGCAGACAAUGAAUGAAGGAACAACACCUAGUUAAAUCAUUAAUGUUUUACUACUCAACACAAUGGAGUGAGCGGUGAGACGCUGAUGUGGAGGUGUGAAGAACUGCUCUGUCAUGUGACCCACUUUUAAGAGCGUGGGGAGAAACUACUGGCCUAGUGUUGUGUUACGUUCUGAUCACAUCAAGUGUCAACAUUCUGCAUGCUCUGAUGUUGGUGCGGAGCCUGUCUAACGUUGUCAUAAUUCAGCUUACACCUGCUGUAUUCUAGCCUGGCUGCCAGCCCAACUUCUCCCCGCCCAAAAGAAAUUUGUUCGGGAAAUUGGGU